UGGCUGCCGCCGCACGACAGGUCGUUACGAAAAGUCCAAUGAUGAGAGCCCUCCAGAAGUGGGCUUAUAAUAAAUCUGGAUUCUGUCAAUAUGGUCUAAUGAGGGAUGAUGUCUUGUACGAGACUGCUGAGGUGAAAGAGGCCGUCCGUCGUCUCCCCCCUCGGAUGUACGAUGACCGCAUGUUCCGAAUUUGCCGAGCGCUGCAGUUAUCGACGAGGAAAGACAUUCUACCAAAAGAGGAAUGGAUGACAUUUGAAAAGGAUGAUAACUACCUCACACCCUACCUAAAUGAGGUCGUGGCAGAGAAGGAAGAACAGAUGGAGUGGAACAAGAAGUAACACAGCCAUUUUUAGGAAAUUUUACAAACUAUUUGAUAUUCUUGUGUGAAAAUACAAUCAGAAAACAAACUGAUUCACUGACUUGCUAGGUGGGACAUGUUUAAUGGUCUUUGGAGAUUGAAUUCAAGGACAGAAAGAGUGCAAGUUUUUUUACCAACAACUCUAAAAGCUGGAUAAGUUCUCUUCUCAGUCUGUUGCUUGCAUUGUAAAUAUGAUGAAUAAUGAUUGUGAACCGGUAGAUGAACAUGUAAGAUUAUUACAUGUAUGUACAUGUAUGAUUACUACAGAUAUUUACAUGUAUGUACAUGUAUGAUUAGAACAUGAUUAGUACAUAUGUGAUUAGUACAUGUAGUAUGUUUUCUUUUCAUUUAUUACAUAAUAUCACAUAACUUCAAAUUCACAGAAUCUGCAGACAGUUGUGAGCAUUGUUGUAAGCGCCUUUAAAAUUGAAGUGAAAACUGUCCAAAAAAGUGGAAUUCAACACAAACAUUUGAACUGAUAAAAUGUGAUAGGUUUGAGAUCAGUACCUGCUCAUAAUUAUAUAUUUUCGGUCAUUUUUUAAUUGUAGUUAAUUGAAAGAUACUUCAACACACACUGAAUUCGUAUUGUUCUCACUCCCCUUUCCUUGUAGUUUACCAUGUUGGUGAUUUUUGGUAUACUAAUAAACUGUUUAUAUGUAAAUUAUAAUAA